AUGGCAGCUCUCAUCGAUCCAGGAGUGACCAGUCACAACCCCCAUCGACCUGCUAAGAUCACCUGGAAACUCAGCGAUGGGCAGACUCAUGAGCAACUCAACAAGACCUCAGGAAUCCACCCUCCGAAUACCUGGUGGCCGGACUUGUACUUUGAUCUCAGGAGACUCUUUGGUGCUGGGGCAGGGUGGGAUUCUAACGGGCGGCAUAACUACCAGGUGACCUCCCGACGGAAACGGACACUUAUUAAUACAGCCCAAGGGUUGUCAACAGAUGGGUUCUGGGCUUUCCCAGGCAACAUAAGAAAUAACUGGAAAACCUGUGGGGGCAUGGAAAGCUAUUAUUGCUGGAGCUGGAGUUGUGUGACCUCUUGUGAUGGGCCCCAAAAACGGGAUCCUCGGAGGCAACCUGAUGGAAAUCCCUGGCCCUCUGACUGUACCACUAGCUCAGCAAUUCACAACCCCCUAUGGGCCUUAGCGAAUGCUGCUUUUACAGUCUUAAACCAUACCAACCCUAAUGCGACCCAAUCCUGCUGGCUUUGUUAUAAUCUUCACCCCCCCUUCUAUGAGGCCAUAGGCCUCAAUGUCUCUUACAAUUUGUCUUUAGAUCGGAACCCACCCCAAUGCCGAUGGGAAGAAUGCAAGGUAGGCCUCACAGUGAAUGAGGUUUGGGGACAGGGACUCUGUUUGGGCACAGUGCCACGUGAUAAAAUUUCCCUCUGUGCCCGGACUAUUAGUAACCUACGCUUACACGACAAAAAUUGGAUUGUGCCAGAGGUUGGGGGUUGGUGGAUUUGUUCACAUACUGGGCUAACCCCAUGUUUAAAUGUGAAGGCUUUUAACCAGAGUCAAGAAUUCUGUGUCUUGGUUGCUGUGAUGCCAAAAAUCUUAUACUACUCUGAAGAGGUUAUGUACUCACAUUGGAACCAGGAAAUGCUAAGACAGAAGAGAGAGCCAAUCAGUGCGAUCACCAUGGCAACCUUGUUCAAUCUUAGGCUGGCAGGAGCAGGGACAGGAAUAGCUUCACUAUCUCUGCAAGACCAAGGAUUUUCCUCCCUACGAGCCGCUAUAGAUGAAGAUAUAACUCACAAAGAAGAAUCAAUCAGUCACUUGGAGAAGUCUCUAACUUCCUUGUCUGAGGUAGUCUUGCAGAAUAGGAGAUGAUUAGACUUGAUUUUUCCCCAACAGGGUGGGGUCUGCGAGGCCCUGGGAGAAAAAUGUUGUUUCUGUGCAGACCAUACAGGAGUAGUAAGAGAAUCUAUGGCAAAAGUGAGAGAGGGACUGGCGCAACGAAAGAGAGAACGGGAAGCCCAGCAGGGAUGGGUUGAGUCUUGGUUUCAACGCUCCCCCUGGCUGACCACCUUAGUUUCCACCCUCCUGGUUUCACUUGUAAUACUGUUAUUGACACUAACGUUUGGCCCUUGCAUUUUAAACCAGCUAAUGUCUUUUGUUAAAGAACGUCUGAAUACCAUUCAGAUUAUGGUAUUGAGACAACAAUAUCAGAUGGUAGCCCAGGAUGAAGAGAAAGACUCCUCUACAGAAACAACUAGACGGGGGGAAUGUAAGGCUGCCAGGGCUAACGCCAUGAGAGGCAGCCUAGAUUAG